AUGGAGUCCGGACCGAAAGACUUCCCGCACCGCACCAGGUUUCAGACUUCCGCCCCUCAGGGAACUUGCCUCCCCCCACCCUCCACGUCCGCCCAGCUCCAGUUCUGCGCAGUCUCCUGGAAUUAUUUACUGUCUCUAUGGCAACCCGGUAGCUGGUAUCUGAAGAUGGAGACCCCUGAUUCUACUGAGGGAUCGCAGUCGCGAUCUAUACACCAACAGACCAGCUCCGAAAGGCUAGAGUCAACUUCCCAACCGUUUUCUUCUUCCGAUCCCGGUCCUAGGUCGGCCCUGGCAGCUGCAACUGCAGCAGCUACAGCAGCUGCUGCAGCCUCUGAAGCCGCCUCCACAGCCAAAGCAGCUACCUUAUCUGCAAAGACCGGAGAGCCCUACGUUGAGCCAAGUCUUUCCACGGAUCCCUCCUCUGACAGUCUUCUUCCAGACCCCUGCACUGGACCCAGCUUUACCCACAAGAUAGGCCAUGGAAGAUUGGGCUUUAAGCCUGUCUAUGUUUCCUGUAUUGCUCGGGAUCCCUGUACUACAAAUGACCUUAGUUCUAGCCCUGGACCUGUUCCUGGUUCCAGGUCUGGUUCUGGCAGUGGCUCUGGCCCUGGCCAUGGCUCUGGUCAAGGCACUGGUCCUGAUUCUGGCCCUGGUCCAGUCUGUGACUCUGGCCCUAGUCCAGGCCAUGGCCAUGACCCUGAGCUCAGUCCCUUCACUCUUCCAGGCUUUAGAAAUCCCAGGGCAGACCUGGUCCCUAAUUAUGCCCCCUGGAAUCAUUGCCAUGGGGAGCCUCAGAAACAACCCUGGAAAUUUUUGCAAGUCUCAGAACCUGGUGCCCGAGGGCUAUGGAAGCCCCCUGAGGUUGAAGGGAAACAUAAAGUUCUCAGUGAAACAUUGCCCAGGGGCCAGUGCCUUCUCUACAACUGGGAGGAAGAGAGAGCCACAAACCACCUGGAUCAAGUUCCAAGCAUGCACGGUUGCUCUGAGGGUUUCUUCUUCCGACAUGGACACCAGGGACUGCUAACCCUACAGCGACAGCCAUCCACGCCCCUCAGCACCACUCAUAAAGACUCAUACCAGCCACCAGGAAACCACUGUCAGCCAAUUCGAGGGAAGCGUGAGGCCAUGCUGGAGAUGCUCCUGUACCCCCAGAUCUGUAAAGAGGUGCAGGCAGAGCGGGAACCCACAAGGGAGUACUCUGAGAUCAAGUCUGUGACACACCAUGACUACCAAAAGGAACUGGUGCAGGCAGGGCCUCCUGCCCCAACCAAGCCUCAUGACUACCGUAAGGAGCAGCCCGAAACCUUCUGGAUACAGAGGGCACCACAGCUUCCGGGUGUCAGUAACAUCAAGACACUGGACACACCAUUCCGGAAGAACUGCAGCUUCUCUACGCCAGUGCCUUUGUCCCUGGGGCAGCCUCUGCCCUAUGACCCUGAGAAUUACUCCCACCAACUGGGAGAAAUCUCUUCCCUUGGCUGUCAGGGCGGAGGACAGGGUGGUGGAAGGGGUAGAACUGUCUAAGGGCUGAGGAGGGAAGUGGGAUGUGGAAUAUGGAAUCUAUUUCUGUCUGUGCUGGAGACGUGGAGAGGAAGUGAAUUGUUGUAUUUGGUGAAGGGGCUUUAUAUAAAGGGUUCUC